AUGAAAGAAUUCCGAAUCCUGAUCACGAACUGGGUCGCCAAAACUCCGACCCAGAAUCCAGAGAUGGGGCCAUCCCCGAAUUCCCCCCCCCCCUCCCUUGGUGGACAGAUGCUCACUCGUGCUCACGCUGGCGCUGGUGCUCGGUCCGUCCCUGGCCUUGAACUGGGAAAUGAAAAAUUCAGCACCACCAGCAAUCAGACAGCAAGCAGCAAAAACAGCCAGCAGCCAGCCAGCCCAGCAGAAGAAACAAGAGGAAGAGAAAAAAGCAACGAGAAACGCAAAUAA